AUGGCGUUCAAGGUAUUCCUGCUGUUUCUGUUGUGCUUCGCGGAAUCCGUACCGUCGAAUUUCGACGGCAAUCAAACGGCAUCUCCACCGGGAAAUUUUUCCGACGAGUCGAAAACCCACCACCACCCCGCUAAUGUCAGUGCUAGUGUUAGAAUUAGUCCGCAGGCGGCGACCAGUUUGGCCAAAGUUUUGAACUUCUACAACACGGAAUUGCUGGCUGUGGAGUACUCCGGGUUCAAGGGGAGCCUCAGCCACGGCUGCCAGAAGGACGUGGAGGCCUACAUCGAGGGGCUGAGCAAGCCGGAAAACUGGGCUCUGAAAAUGGAUGAUGCAAGUGGUAGAUAUUCAACCGGAUGGUUCUGGGGAAAUACCUACUGGGUGGGAUCGCAGAAUUUGUGCGAAAACAUCGCCCCUAAGAAGCAAAUUUUCAUAACGUCUCAGAACCACUCUCGAUCGAAACGAGCAGCAGACGCCUCCAUCAAACCAUUCAGCCCAGCUUCAGCAAGCGGUUACAAAGAAGACGCCGUUGAAUCCACAAACGGACCCCCGUUUCCCGUAUCAUUUUUCAAGCUGCGUCUCCACUUAAAUUCGACUUACACAACCGAGGAGAGAAUUCUACAUCUCGGCUUGUGCAUGCCGCACUCCUGCUCGGGGGCAGACGUGCAGAAAAUCGUCGAAGAAACCUCGGCCACUUCCACCAAAAUCUCCAUCAAAGUCGAAGCCGUGCGAUCCGAGCACGACAGGUACAAUUUCUGGACCGAUACCACCUUCAUUGCAAUGAGCGUGGCAACCGCUGGAAUUGUGUGCUUGUUAGCCAUCGGCACGGCGUUCGAUUAUUACUUGGAACACCUCAAGAAUUGCAACAUGAAGGACAAGAAUUGCAUGCACUUCAACGGUAAAUUAGACAUGACGGGGGGCAAUCCCAAAGGGAAGAACGGUAAAUGCGGACUGUACGCGGGCAACAACAACAACAGUUGCGGCAACGUCGAAGAUCACAACCGUAGUGUAGAGCUUUGUAGUAACGCUUCCAAAUCGCACGAGUCGCUUAUAAAAUUCGUGCUGAAAGAAAUGCUGCUGUCGUUCUCCGUGCGCAUCAACAUGGCGUACAUUUGCGAUCAGAACGUAGGAAGCGACACGAUCUCGGUGAUACACGGUCUCAAAGCCAUCAGCAUGGCCUGGGUCAUACUGGGACACACCUGCAUCAUCGCCUUCAAGUACUCAGAUAACAUGGAGUACCGGAGGAUCGUCCAGCAGGAAUUCAUGUUUCAAACGGUCACGAACGGGACGUUCAGCGUGGACACGUUCUUCUUCACCAGCGGAUUGUUGGUGUCCUUCCUGUAUUUCAGGACGAACGCCAAAGGAAAAUUGGAUAAGCUCAAUAAAGGCAACCAUUUCGUAGCCGGGGUGUUGCAUUUUCUCGGAUUGAUCGCCUACAGGUUCGCUAGACUAACAGCACCUUACCUCUUCACCAUCGGCAUCGUCGAGAUCACCAUGAAAUGGUUCACCUACAACUCGGUCUUCGAGCCGCCCACGAUGGACCACGUCAAUUGCCCGAAUUACUGGUGGAGGAACGUCUUGUACAUCAACACUCUAUUCCCAGUCGAGGAAAUGUGCAUGCUGUGGAGCUGGUACCUAUCGGACGACACCCAAUUCUACGUGGUGGGCGCCAUCAUGUUAAUCCUAGCGACGAGCCAUUUCAAGAGCGCCGCCGCCCUUUUGGUAGCUUUCAUCGUGAGUUCCUGGCUGACGACCGGCUACAUAGCGUACAGCAACAGCCAUUUACCCGGAACCGACGAUCCCCUGGCGCUGUUCGACAAGAUCUACGACAAACCGUGGACGAGACUGGGCCCGUAUUUGAUCGGCAUGUGCACCGGUUGGAUACUAUUCAAGAAAAACUGCAAAAUCCACAUGCCCAAGUGGAUCGUAGUCAUCGGCUGGACGGUGUCUGUAUCGAUUCUACUAUCGUUAGUGUACGGAUUGUACGAGCAGAAGUUAAGUCCUUGGUUGGGGGCCGCGUACAGCGCGCUCAGCCACUCCGCUUGGGCGCUUGGACUGGCUUGGAUCGUGGUAGCAUGUGUAACAGGCUACGGAGGCUUCGUGGAUAAGAUCCUAUCAGCGACGAUCCUGUACCCGUUCAGCAGAGUGACCUACUGCGCUUAUUUGCUGCACCCCAUCGCCAUAAGGGUGAUGGUGAUGAGCAUGGACAGCCCGUUGCACUUGGGCAGCGUGGUGACGGUCAUUUGGUACCUGGGGCAGCUGGUUUUGGCGUUCGUGUUGUCGUUUAUCGUGUCGGUGGCGUUCGAGGCGCCGGUGGUGUCGCUGCUGAGGAUCAUCGCUAAGGUGCUCUUCAUGAGAGGCAGGGAGAGGAGCGGCGCGGCGCCGGUGCAAUGA